CGGAGAUGAGCGUCUUCGGCCGGAACCAUUACCGGGAAGAUCUCCGCUCCUCCUCCGACUACGAUAGUGGAUACCGCACUGGAUUCCGCACCUACGGCGCCGACGCCGGCGACGGUCGGCAGCCGGAGAUCGUGAAGGGCAACGUCUUGAGCGCCAGCCAGACCAGACACCCGCACUCCGAGACUUCCCAUCCAUCGCCGCGUGGACCGUCUCCGGACCCUCCUUUCCCGCCGCCCCGGCGACGAGGCCGGUCGAAGGGGGCGGCCCCCUCGGUGUGGUGCUUCAGCGACCCGGAGAUGAGUCGAAGGAAGCGGGUGGCGAGCUACAAGGCGUACGCGGUCGAGGGGAAACUGAAGGCGUCGCUGCGGAAGGGGUUCCGGUGGAUCAAAACGAAAUGCUCGGAGCUGGUCCACGGCAGGUGAAGACUCUGGCGGCGGAGGAAGAGGAACGUUGGC